AUGCCUGCCUUCAACAGAUUGUUUCCCCUGGCUUCCCUUCUGCUCAUCUUGUGGGUCGGCGUCUGCUUCCCCGUGUGUGUGGAAGUGCCCUCGGAGACCGAGGCGGUUCAGGGCAACCCCAUGAAGCUGCGCUGCAUCUCCUGCAUGAAGAGGGAGGAGGUGGAGGCCACCACGGUGGUGGAAUGGUUCUACAGGCCCGAGGGCGGUAAAGAUUUCCUUAUCUACGAGUAUCGGAACGGCCACCAGGAGGUGGAGAGCCCCUUCCAGGGGCGCCUGCAGUGGAACGGGAGCAAAGACUUGCAGGACGUGUCCAUCACUGUGCUCAACGUCACCCUGAACGACUCCGGCCUCUACACCUGCAACGUGUCCCGGGAGUUUGAGUUCGAGGCACAUCGCCCCUUCGUGAAGACCACCCGGCUGAUCCCCCUGCGUGUUACCGAGGAGGCUGGAGAGGACUUCACCUCUGUGGUCUCAGAGAUCAUGAUGUACAUCCUCCUGGUCUUCCUCACUCUGUGGCUGCUCAUUGAGAUGAUAUAUUGCUACAGGAAGGUCUCGAAGGCCGAAGAGGCGGCCCAAGAAAAUGCGUCUGACUACCUGGCCAUCCCCUCGGAGAACAAAGAGAACUCUGCAGUCCCGGUGGAGGAAUAG